AUGGAGAAGGGUAUUGAAGAGAUACUGGACGCGUGUUCGCGUCUUCUGGUGGAAAUGAAAAGUGGUACGAGGGAGAGAGCAAUGGUGUCUACGGUGAGCAAGGCGCUGAAGCGCCACGCACAGCAGACUUCUCAGCAGCAGCACCAGCUCUCGACACAGUCGACGCCGUCCAAGCCUGUGGGCGCGACCCUAGUAGUCCCCCCCACUUCCACUUCGUCCCAUAAUACGUCGGUACCGCAGUUGUCUGCUGCAAGUACGUCUCCCACAGGUGGUGAGCGGAUGGCGGCUCCCGAGGUGGUUGGUGAGGCAAAUACGGAGACCCCCGAUGCAGCACCAUCCGUUGCAGCGGUGACAUCUACCCCUUCCAGCUCCCCGGUUUCUCUACCUGCAUCCACCACUGCCUGCAGUCCGCUCCAGCAGUUCUUAUGCAACGACGAGGAGCUCAGCAAACUGGCGUACGCCUGCCGUAUGGCAAUCGUUGGCGAAAAUGGAGGCAUUGCACGCAACUCGGUGCGAAUACUGACGGCAGCGCUGGAGUUGGCGGCUGUCGUCCUGACAAGUGGAAUUCUGCCGUCGGAGUUGGUGGCGCCAGCUCCCACGUUUACAGUACCGGUGUUGACCGCAAGCGGUACAAAGAUGUUUUUUUCAAAGCUGCUGGGCGGAAAGAAGCGUACUUCGUCGCCAAGCGGCGCUGGCGCGCCGAACGCGGCAUCUACCGACGGUAUAUCAACGCUUACCGACACUCUGGGGCCGAGUGAGAACAUGCGUGACUACCUUGUAGACGCGGUCUUGGCGGCGGUGGAUACGGUGCAGUCCAAGGAGUCGAGCGACCGACUGUACUUCGUGAUGAUUGUCGCGCUCAAGGCGGCCGCUGCACCUCGCCUCAGUCGAAAGGAGAGCAUCGACACUCAGCCUUCUGCAUUGCAGCCGCUACAGCUGUCCGUGCACGGCUGUCGCCUAGUAAGCGUGUUCCGCGUUCUACUUGGGGUCUGCUCCCGACCAGCAGGGGUGUCGCCCAUUCUUAUUGACGAGGCACAGAAGGCGCUGCACACGAUAACGCGCGCCUUGUCCAAUUAUGUCGAGCAGGGAGUUGCUGACGGCAGCGACAGAGGCUGUGCGUGUGGCUGCUUGAAGGAACAAGCCACCCCAUCGCACUCUGCGAUGAACUCGUCAGCCGGCACUCCGCUCAUGCCUUUGCCGACUGCGGUGAUCUCGACCUCGGCAGGCAAGUCUACGACUCCAUCCUUCGACGACCCACUUCUACAGUGCACAGAGACUGAUGAUGGAGCACCACCGGAAAAGGCAUGUGAAGCGGCGACACAAAAAACAUCUUUAGCCACAUCCUCCACUAUCACUGCUGCUGCGGAGCCACUUGUGGUUCCGUGUGUGUGUCAGAGAGCGGAAACGUCGACUGCUGCCACGCCGACGACGUCGUCACCGCCGCGACGACUCCGUGGGGUGAUGGACAUGCUUCUGCUGCUCGAGUUAUGCGGUCACAUCGUUCGCCUGACACCGCUCUCCGGAAUUUCGUCUAUAUUGUCCGCCAGUGGCGGCGGACUCGAGGCGGGCGUUGUAGCGGCAUCGGCGAGCGUGUAUCGUCGGGACACUCCGUCCAACGGCUCCGGCGGUGGCAGUGGCAGUGCAGCGCCACAGGCUCCGAGCAAAACCCCUGGCAACGCCACAGAAGAGGGUGCCUCAAUUAAGGGCUAUUCUGCGGCGUUGCUGAAUGAGCACACGCUGGUGACGGCGCUGAGUUUUCUCUUGUACAGUAUCGUGAACGGCGGUCCGCAGUUCCGCAAAAGUGCAGAUAUCGUGCAGCUGCUGCGCCAGGCUGUCGUGCCUGCCGCGAUUCGAACGUCAAUCUCGGCAGACCUUGACAUAUUUCGGCUUUCCAUCAAUGUGCUCUCAAGCUGCUGCCUGCGCUUUGGUCCUCAGAUGGUGAGUGAGACGAGCACGGUGUUCCGUCACGUAUACUUCCGUGUGCUAGACUCUUGUUUCACCUCCUUGGAGCACAAGCUACUCGUGCUGGAAGCCUUUGGGUCGUACAUCGAGGAGCCACAGCUCCUACUCGGGCUCUUCCUGAACUACGACUGCAAAACGCACUCGCAAAGCUUCUUUGAGAUGAUGAUCCACUACCUCGGCGCGCUUGCCAUGCCUCCGGCGCAGCAGGUGCGCAACACCAACCUCGUCUCUGAAUUGAAGAGGGUUCUGACGGUGCGACUGGAGUACGACGUACCAGAGCCACUGCGCCGCAAGGCACUUGUGAGCUUGUUGCAGGUCUCCGACUCCAACAUUCAGUGGAUCGAGCGCUUUGAGUGUGAUCAGGAGGAGGACGGUCACACCGGUACGCUCAGCAAUAAGGGUGUGUCUUGGCACGGCUCGACGACAGAUGCGGAACCCGACGUACUUGCCAGCACGUCGCCGCUCAUGCGCAAGUUGAGCGAGGACGGACUGCGGUGCGUUAGGAACCAGGCCCAGCUGCCCUGCGUUGAUAUUAUGGGUUUAUCGAUGAGUGGCGGUGGCGCCAACGGUGGCCUCACCGCGACCACGAACGUCGACGCCUUCUUGCAUGCGCGACGGUACAGGGAUGCUUUCAAGAAAUUUCUCGAGAUGUUCAAUCAGAAGGCGGCCCCAGAUGCGGCCAUUGAGUACUUUGGAAACUCUGUGCUGAUUCUCGAGUGCGCUGAUGAGGCGGUUAGUGCAUCGUCGGAGCCACCGGUGGCUGCAGGAAGGGAAUUUCCGUUGGACAACAGAGCGGGGGUUGCCACUGACUCAACCACAGCUACUGCUACUACCGACGAAAGCGCCUCAGGUAGGCUUUGCAAUGCCAACACAGAGACACAAUCCGGUGUCGAUGCGGUGUUAGGAGGGGCGGAGCAGGUUUUAGGCGAUGGCGACGUUGAAGCUGCCGCAGAGUCCCCCACCCCUGUGGCCAGGGCAACGACGCCUACUGGAACCAUUACAACUGACGUGGACGACGCUAUGCUGCUCUCUGCUAGACAGGUGGCAACGUUUCUGCGAGGCAACGAGGACUACCUUGACAAGAUGGUGCUGGGAGACUACUUUGCCAAGUGCUUUCGAAAUCCGUUCUCUCGUGUCGUAUUCGAGGAGUGGAUUAGGCUACACGACUUUACCGGCAAGACGCUGGACGAGGCACUGCGUCUCUUCCUCGGCGGCUUCAAGCUUUUGGGCGAGGCACAGGUUGUGGACAAAACCAUGGAGCUCUUCGCGGCGCAGUACUGCCGCCAAAACCCCGGCAUUUUCGCUUCUGCAGAUACCGCCUUCAUUUUAUCCUUCUCCAUCUGCAUGCUUAACACUGACGCCCACAGCCCGCACAUCAAGAACAAGAUGACGAAGGAGGGCUUCCUGCAGAAUAACAGAGGCAUCGACGAGGGCAACGACAUUGACCCGUCCAUACUCGAUGGAAUCUAUGACCGCAUCAGCAGGGAAGAGAUCGUGCUGCGGCCGUCGGCAAAGUGCUGCACUCAGCCGUCGGUGCACGCGUCAGCUGCAGCCGCGGCGGACGGAUGUGGAGGCAGACGUGGUAGCAAACUGACGACGAACCUACUGGACUCUAUUCCCCUGCUGCGCCACCUCUCGCCGAUCGCUGCCGCCAUCACGGACAAGGUCUUGCUACCAAUGGAUGCCGCCGGCAACGCGCUGUUCAACUCAGCCCGGCGCAAGCGAGAGGAUAUGUAUCAGCAGGAGUUACGGGCGACGUUGAAGGAGGUGAUGGACGCACUACAAGAAGCCUCCACCCACGACGCGGCGCACCAUGCCAUGUUUGUGACGGCGACGAGCAUCGAAAAUGCCCUUCCGAUGUGGGAGGUGUCGGUCGAUGUGGUGUGUCACAUUGUUGUGCUAGCACUACAGCAGCUGCUGGAGGACUCGGAGAAAUACGUGCGACCGCAGGGCUUGUCGCCGCCGUCAGCUGGAAAUGAGCGGGAGACAGGGGCGGAGUACGAGGCGGUGGCCGCAUACAUGGAGGAUACACAGAGCACUGGCUAUUUCAGCACUAUCCUCCUCGGCUUGCACAAUACUGUCCGCGUCUGCUGCGCGUUCGGCAACGUUUCCCACACAGAGAAGCUGCUGGAGCACAUGUUCGAGCUGACACGCCUGACCUCCGCCAUUAUCCUCACGGCAGCGCCUAGUUCACGCGUGAAAGUGAAGUCGACAAUCCCUCUCACGCGCUUACAGGUGCUCUCCACAUUUUUAAACCUGUUCGUGCAGUGUGGUUCUUCCUUCAACGCGCGUGGGUGGCAGAUGGCGUAUAAAGCGAUGUCACUCGUGGAUGCCUUGGCGAACGGCAUCGAGGGCAUGUGGCAGCGCCAGACGCGUCGACUGCUGGGCACGACCUCAGUGGCUAGAGAAACUGGCGUGGUGCUUUCAAAGCCACCAAAUUCCACGAUAAAGCCUGCUGUGUCUUUGGCGUCCGCUGCGGUCGACACGGACAGCAAUAACCCAAGCAGGAGCUCCCCUGUAGCGACCGCCUUGGAGCAGCGGCAGUACGUGGAUCUCUGGUUUGGUGCGCUUGACGAUGUACCUGCCAGCGUUGUCGACCGCAGCUCUUGCGAAAAUCGAAAAGCUAUACUUUUGGCGCUUCGCUCCGUUCCCACGUGCCACGUCGAUCUGUGGCUUGAUCGCCUCUUCGACGCUACGCAGUACCCACCGCGAGUGCAGCUGGAGAUGACGAACGGUUUGGUGAAGGUAUGCGAGAUGGAACUACAGCAUACUCGCACAUUCUCGCUAACUAAGUUGUUCGACUUUGUCAGCAUUUGCGCCUCUUUCUUGAGCCGGCUGCAGUGGCGCGAUUUGUGGGCGCACGCAAGUGAGGUGUUUACGCUAGCAGGAUGCCGCAGUAACAGCGAUAUUGCCCUGUCCUCCUUGGACGGUCUGCGGCUCGUCGCGCUGACUUUCCUCAUGCGUGAGGAGCUACUCAACUACUCCUUCCAGAAGGAGGUCCUGAAGCCGUUUGAAUCAAUUCUCAUGUCAAACCAAAACGUCGCCUGCCGGCAGAAGGUGAUGAUGAUUCUCUCCGAGGUAAUCGACUUCCGCGCCGAGCACUUGGCAAGCGGCUGGAACGUCGUCUUUUCGUGCCUCAGCCACGCCGCGGCCAUUCCAGAGGUGGCGCCGUCCGCCUGGUCUAUCUGCGAGGGCGUGAUACUGCGGCACAUUAGCUUUGUGAAGGACUGCUUUAGCGACUUGAUCUUUUGCUUGACGACAUUUGCCUGCUCCGGCGUGGAGGAGAGCAUGCCACUGCGCGCCAUUUCGUACCUUGUCGCGUGUGGCCACUGGCUGCAAUACGGGCUCGAGGCUCCGCCCCUAGAGGUACGAACGGCUGACGCCAUCACGCGGUGGGCCACGCGCUUUCUCACCCCGGAACAGGAGCUGGCAGGGUUGCACACGGUGAGCAAGCAGCUAUCGCGGGUUACGCUCUCCGCGGAGCCCCUGACACAGGAUUCACUCCUCCAGAAGCCCAUUACUUUCACCAGCAAGACAAAGUACCACCUAUGGAUGUCGCUGUUCGAGGGAAUGAUGCCAAUUGUCGUCGUGCACAGUUCCGUGCGAGUGCGAGCGCAUGCAUUGUCGUCCAUCUGGACGCUGCUUGCGCAGUAUGCUGGCCUGUUCGAUGCGGAGGUGCUGAGCUCGCUGUUCAGUGGCAUGGUGCGACCGAUGCUGACGACGCUGCUGACGCACGUGCCUGGGGACAUGGAUGCAAUGUCGACACCAAUGUCUAUCGGCACCAAGUAUGACUGCUUUGACUAUCGACUCCUCAUUUACUUUGCGCUCAAGGGAAUGCUGCUUGCAUGCAAAGAUCACGCUCAGUUGCUGGAGUUAGCGUGUAAGGUUCUCACUGAGCUUGUGGUAUCGACCAAGAUCACCUUGAGCAUGCUCCGCAGCGGCUACGUGGACGAGAUACUGCGGGUGUGCUGCGACUUUGUCUGGGCUGCGCCGUCCUUGGCGACAAUGGACGCAUUGGACGGGCUGAGUAGCACCUCUGGCGCGUCGUCGUUCACGGAUGCGGUGAACUAUACAGAAAGGUUGUAUCAGUGGAUUCCGGCGGAGUCCCGGCACAGCAAUCCGUUUGUCGUGAGCCUGGUGCGUGAGAUUCAGCAGGUUGGCCUCGUCGAUGUGAUACACUUUGAGCGCACCGCUGACUGGGUGGAGCUGCAUCAGACACCAGCGGCGUGCAACACCCCAGUGCACGUGUCUCUCUCCAGACUGUCUGCCACCUCGGUGCAGUCAGCGAGUGCGGCACUGCUGCAGAUUCGCUCUACCAUCUUUGUCUGCCUCACGCAGGGCCUCCUGGGUAAACUUCAGGGUCUGCUCAGCGCAUGCGAGGCGGACCACAACGUUUGCCUUGAAGUGUCGGGCGCUAUGCGCCACGUGUUGCUCGGUGUGAGCUUCUAUUUCCUCGUCACCCGCGAUGCCCGCGCUGUGGGGUUUCUCAAGUCCGUCAUGGCCACAUCGCACGAACUCGCAGUGGUGAACUCGCACGGCGUUGCGUCUCAUACGGAGUCAGCGGUGCUUGCAACUGCUGCUGGAGACGCCUCGGUAGGCGACGGCGCACCACAGAGCAGGUGCUCCUUCCCGGACAUUGCCGCAAUAUCGCCGGCCUACAUCACAACCUUUGCAAACCCAGUGCCGGAGAUGCUGUUGCUGAUUCCCUACGCAUGUCUGUUGAUCGAGUUCAUUGCCGCGUUUGAUCUUGGCGAGGCCGACAUGAACGUGGUGCGGAAUGAUUUGUGGGUUUACGUAGGUCGGUAUUUGGAUGAGCUGAAGCGAAGCCGGCUGACAUGUAUAGAGCUGCAGUCGGCGGCGCAAGCGGGCGUGCGGGCCGAACUGGAGGUCACAGGAGCCACCACCACCCCUUCGACUCCUGCAAAGGAGGCAGUAAAAGAGUACAAGAGUUGCCAUUUCUCCGACGUGUUCCGCUCCGCGCGUUACCCAAUCGCUGCCCGCACCCACUACUUGACUGCCCAAAGUGACCCACCAAUCCGCCAGCGCGUCUUCAGCGAAUGGUGUUACCUUCUUCAUAUCUACGCUCUCAAAUGCAUCGCAAUUCUUGGUGCCGGCUCUGUCUUGCUACAGACGUGUCCUACACAUGACUUGAUCAAUAUCUUUCGAGUCAUUCCCAGUGCAUUGGAGGAGGCGGUAGGGAGUGUCUACUUCAACAGCUGCUGGGAGGAGAUGAAUUUGCACUGCAGCAUGCCGCCUGAGUCGUGCGUGGAGUUGUGUGCACGGAUUCUUGAGUCACGCAUGUGA